AUGUCAUUAAUUCAUAAUUUCGUUUAGUAGGUGCUUCAUUUUAAAGGCACCUAUGAUGACGCUUUAUUAGAAGUUCAAUCCUUCAUUGCAUAGUUGUUAUGCUCUUUAUUCGAAGUUAAGAAAAAUCAAGAAUUGUUGGUGUUUAAUGCAUGCAUUAAAAGGACAGAUUAAGUCUUAAUCAACCUUCAUGAUUACUUUAUAGGUUAAUUAAUCUUAAAUAUGAAUAGAAGUCUCUCCUCCAAUUAAAUGCAUAUUUAGAGAUGGACCCUAUAAUUAAGAAGGAUUUAUAAAUAGUGAUGACGAAGUGUAACAAACCGUUUUCCCAUCUAGUAAUAAAUUGAGACAGUCAACUAAUCCUGUUUUGUAGGAAUCAAUAUUAGGAAUUGAUGAAAAAGUAAGAAUGAGGGAUGAAUUAAUUCAAAAAAUGACAAUUGGCUAUUUAAAAGAUGUACAACAUUUAAGGGAGAUGUUUGUGAGAAAGGACUUAUUUCCUAAUGAAGAAAUUUUUGAUGCUUCCUAUUAUGAUUAUACAAAUACAUUGGAUCCAAUUAUUAGAUAAUUUAUCUACAACAAGAUAUUGGAUGUUACCCAAUAAUUUAGGUUAUAAAUUUAAAGACUAACAUAAUCCAAUUAAAAAUACCUUUCUGAAAUUGAGAAAUUGAAGCAACUUGUAAAAAAAAUUAUUGGUAGUGCAGAAAUAGAAUCUUAAAUCAAGGCUAUUUUAUAAAUAGACAAAGAUUUAUAUAGAUUUUGGAAAGGUAUAUAAGAAGUGAUAGGAAUAUAAUAAAUUUUUGAAAUUUUUGAAAAAAGAAAAUAAGGUUAUGGAAUAGAUUAUGUAUUAAUUGAUAGAUGUAUCAAUAAUAGUUAAGCUUCUGGUAGAAUUUUUUAAGAAUUUAAGUCUCAAUUAGAAGGUAAUUAUUACAUGAGUAUAUAGAGCAAUAAUUAAAAUUUACUGAACAAUUAACAAGAGAAAUGAAUAUGAAAAAGAAAGAGAUUGAUGAAUUAAAGUAUCUAUUAUAAGAUUAAGAAGAAUUAAAAAAAGUAGAUUUUUUAAAAGUGAAAACUUAUAUAAAAUCAAGUGUAGAAUAAAUCUACGAAAUUAAAUUUAAUACAUGUAAAUAUAUGUUAAAGUAAUUUAAGACAGAGAUUAAUAGAGAUAAAAUUUGUAAGAAGCAUUAGAUUUAAUUUCAAAUAAGGAUUAAUAAAUUUGGAUUAGAAAAUGUAUUAAAGGACAUGCAUUAUAUAAAUGGAUCUAUUUAGCAAAAAUAAAGAAAUUAUUAAAUUAAAAGAAUACAAGAAGAGCUCUAUCAAAUGAUAGAUCAUGUAAAUCAACAAAUGUUUAUGGAUUAAGAGAUAAUAGAAUUAAUAUUUUAAAAUAAGAAUUGAAAAAUUAGAAUUAAACUUUAAUUGAAACUUAAUUAAAUAUGUUAGAAAGUUAAGGUGAAUUAUAAACAUUAAAAUCUAAUUAUACUAAUUUAAAGUAUAAUUUUGAUAUGUAAUUAUCAACAAGAAUAGCAACUUAAUAAACUAAUGUCUAAUUAGAAAAUAUUGUUGAGUAUUUUAAUAAAAUAUUCAAAUUUGUUAAAAAUAAAGUUGGUCUUAAUUAUUUGGAAAUUAAUUUAAAAAAUUCUAAAUAUUUUUUAGAUAAAGCUGAUUUACAUUUAAAAUAGUUUGAAUAAAAAAUAUCAUCUUUAAAAGUUUAGGAUUAUGAUAUGCUUCAUGAAUUAGUAUAAUAGUUAGCAAAAAGAUAAAUAAUGUAUAAAAAAAUGUAUUCUAAUGUUGAUAUUAAUGCAUUCACUAUGACUGACAUAUAUGAUAUUAAUAAACCUCUUUAAGAUGCUGCAUGUGAACUCAAUUCAUAUAUGCUAUUAAAAAAUGAAUAAUUAAAAUAAACUGAUUAUGAUAAUUAAUUGAUUGAAAUGGAAUUAGAAUAAGCAGAAAAAUAAUACUAACAAGAAGAGUUAGAAAAAGAAUUAUAAAAAUAAUAAGAAAAGGAUGAAGAAGAAGAAGAAAUUGGUAUAGUUUAAUAGAUAGAAGAAUAAAUAUAGGAUUAUCAAAAUGUAGAACCAACUAAUAAUAUUUCAUUUAAUAAAAAAAUGAAAGGACUAUUAUAGGAGUCUUAAUAAGCAGAAUUCGAACAUAAAUUAAAUCCUAGUCAAUAUAAACGACGUAAGAGUGUAAUAAGAACUGAAUAAAAUGAAUUUUAAUAAUAUAAAUCAAUAGAGACUAAUCCUAAAAUUAAGAUGAAAAAUUAAAUCUAAUAAACUAAUGUUUCAAUUGAUUGUACAAAAUGCUAUAAUGAUAUUUUUGAAAGGAUGAAUCCAGAAUUUCAAUAAAAAUAGGAAGAAGUUAAGUCAUAAUGUAUGAUGUAAAUUUCUAAAUCUAAAUUCUUUUAAACCAAAUAACAUACUAUGGCUACUAUUUUGACUUAAUAAAAUGUAAUCAGAAUGUAAUCUGCAAGAAUUAAAAGAGCAGAUAGACUUCAAAUGAAUUAAGCUCUACCUUCUUAACCUUAUAGACCUAAAAGUAAAAAUGAGAGAUCCAUCACAUUUAAAGGGGAAAGAGCAUAAAUAAUAAUUACACCUAAAUCUGUUCCAAUAACUUAAAGAUAAUUUAAAUAAGCAAAAUGA